UUCAGCUUUGGUUACACAUUUCGAAGUUGUAGUGCACUGGCGGAAAUAUGUCGAACCGCGCCAAUGUCGACGGUUCAAGGGAGAUCUGCAUUGGCGCAGGGUCGGAGUGUCGGGGUAGUGCCAUGACAUCAUAGACGAUAGGCGCGGGGCUUCUCUUUGACAGCAGCACCCACGCCCCAAUCUCCAUUCUCCAUGCGUACAGUUCACACCAAAGACCAUUGUAGAGGGCCAAAUUGCGGAAAAUCCAGCAAGACGAAGUACAACAAAUAGCAAUGCCGUCAGUAGCAAGCCUAGCGCUGCGGGUGCUCCUCGCUUUCGGGUGCCUCGGAGCAGCCUUGCCGGGCCAGAAUGUCCUGGGCCCGAGCCAAGGGGUCUCUGUUGACGUCUCAAAAACCGCGGAUCAGAUCAAAGACGAGCUGAAGAAGGCAGAGAUCAUCCCCACUGUCGUCGACGACUUUGAGCCGUCGCUGCUCCUUUUCGCAAACUGGUCGACAACGCAACACGCAGCACUAGGCAACACGAUCAAGCCCAAGGAGCUGCAGGACGCGCCGACCAUCGCCCUGCACGACCCCUCUGCGCCGUCGUCCAGCUUACUGUGCCACUCCGGCAUGACAUACACCAUCACCCUGACCGACCCAGACGCCCCGUCGCGCGACGACCCCAAGUGGUCCGAGAUGUGCCACUGGAUCGCGGCCGGCGUCUCGGCCUCGCCAGCCGGGCAAGGCGCGGCCUGCUCGACGGCGACGCUGGCCCUUGUCGAACUGGACGAGAUCAUGCCAUACAAGGCGCCCGGGCCGCCCGAGAAGACGGGCAAGCACCGCUAUGUUCUUCUCGCGUUUGCGCCGCAGAGCGGCACGACGGAGCAGUUGCACCUCUCGAAGCCCAGCGACAGGCAGCACUGGGGCUACGAACCAGACGACGGCGAGACGAGGGGCGUGCGUGACUGGGCGAAGGAGAAUGGGCUUGUUCCCGUCGCGGCAAAUUUUAUUUAUUCCAAGCACAAGAAUCAGUGACGGCGGUGCGUUGUGUUGCUGGUCGGAUUGACGUGGCCGCCACGUUUGGUGGUUACGGUAAUACGACCAUGUAUUUAUUGAAACGAGAAUUCCCCGCAUAACGCAGUUUUAUCUUGUAGCUGCCGAGUGUUCAGGUUGUCGUUGUGUUAGCACCUUCCCCGUCAAAGUUUGGUACCCAGCUUAACUAUUCGAAGUCGUUCUUUCCGCACAAUCAUGUUGCGUUGUUGACCAGUUUGCGAAAGACGCUCCUUCCUCUAACUAGCUCUCGCCCAGAUCUGUCUCCCUUGCAAAACGGCUGCCAGUUCUCUGCAUCGGUUGUCAGUCAGUCUAGUCAACAUGCAGAACUACAGUGCUUCUUCAGCAUCCAAUAUUCAGCACAUUAGCACAACCC